AUGGCGGAGGAAUGCAUUAAUGUAGCGGGAGGAAGAAGAAGAAGGUUUUUGGGGGUUUCUGAUGGUUAUCCGGUUUUUGGGGCGAUUUUGAAGUUGGGUUUUAGCCCAAAUACCGUGACAUUUACUUGUUUGAUUAAAGGGAAGAUAAGUGUUGCCAUUAAGUUGCUUGAAGAGAUGGUUAAUGGGAAUAAAGAAUCUGUUGUUUCUUGUAGGCUAGAUGUUGUUGUUUAUACUACUUUAAUUGAUGGUCUUUGUAAGGCUGGAUUGGUUGAGAAGGCUAGACAAUUAUUUUUGGAACAUAUGAUUCAAAUGGGUGUGGUUCAUGACAUUUAUACCUACAACAUUUUCAUGAACGGUUAUUGCUUGUCCGAUAGAAUUGGUGAUGUAAGGGAGUUGUUUGAUUCUAUAACUAGAAAAGGGUAUAGGCCUAAUGUUGUUUGCUACACUACUCUAAUCAAUUGGUAUUACAAGAAUAAAGAAGUCAAUGAAGCUGUUAGUCUUUAUCGAGAGAUGAUUUCAGAAGGAAUUAGGCCUAAUGUGAUUACAUAUAACACCUUGUUAACUGACUUUUUCCUUAUAGCUAAGGUGAAAGAUGCACGGAAUUUAGUUGGUGAGAUGCGACUUAACGAUGCUUUUCCUAAUUCUUGGACAUAUAGCAUUUUCAUUGAUGGGCUCUGCAAGAACGGAUGUGUUUUGGAAGCAUUGGAAAUGUUUAAUGCUCUAGUAAAUAAUAAGAUUGCAGUUAGCAUUGAAGGUUUGAGUUCCCUUAUUGAUGGAUUAUGUAAAACAGGGAGAUUCGAAACUGCUUGGGACCUAUUUCAGAAGUUUUGUCUUCAUGGAAACCUGGUGCCAGAUGUUGUAACAUAUAGCAUUUUGAUCAGUGGGUUGUGUUAA